AUGUUAGAGGACCCGAUGUUAGAGGACCCGAUGUUAGAGGACCCGAUGUUAGAGGACCCAGUGUUAGAGGACCCAGUGUUAGAGGACCCGAUGUUAGAGGACCCGAUGUUAGAGGACCCAAUGUUAGAGGACCCGAUGUUAGAGGACCCAGUGUUAGAGGACCCAGUGUUAGAGGACCCAGUGUUAGAGGACCCAGUGUUAGAGGACCCGAUGUUAGAGGACCCGAUGUUAGAGGACCCAGUGUUAGAGGACCCAAUGUUAGAGGACCCGAUGUUAGAGGACCCGAUGUUAGAGGACCCGAUGUUAGAGGACCCAGUGUUAGAGGACCCAGUGUUAGAGGACCCAGUGUUAGAGGACCCAGUGUUAGAGGACCCGAUGUUAGAGGACCCAGUGUUAGAGGACCCGAUGUUAGAGGACCCGAUGUUAGAGGACCCAGUGUUAGAGGACCCGAUGUUAGAGGACCCGAUGUUAGAGGACCCAGUGUUAGAGGACCCAGUGUUAGAGGACCCGAUGUUAGAGGACCCAGUGUUAGAGGACCCAGUGUUAGAGGACCCAGUGUUAGAGGACCCGAUGUUAGAGGACCCGAUGUUAGAGGACCCGAUGUUAGAGGACCCGAUGUUAGAGGACCCAAUGUUAGAGGACCCAAUGUUAGAGGACCCGAUGUUAGAGGACCCAGUGUUAGAGGACCCGAUGUUAGAGGACCCAAUGUUAGAGGACCCGAUGUUAGAGGACCCAGUGUUAGAGGACCCAGUGUUAGAGGACCCAAUCUUUUGUUCUCAUGGCCCUGCUGCUGUCAGUAUCAUCUACGUCCUCUGGGUAGAGUUCGUAGUAUCUCUCAUCUACGUUAUCUGGGUAGAGUUCGUAGUAUCUAUCAUCUACGUCCUCUGGGUAGAGUUCGUAGUAUCUCUCAUCUACGUCCUCUGGGUAGAGUUCGUAGUAUCUCUCAUCUACGUCCUCUGGGUAGAGUUCGAAGUAUCUCUCAUCAACGUCCUCUGGGUAGAAUUCGUAGUAUCUCUCAUCUAG